UAUUGAGAUCGCCUUCUGGACUAACGGUGAGGAAUCUUCUAUUUGUCCCCAUGGCAAAGAAACUCAGCCAAGAAAAGUAAGCCCUGGUUUCCACGUCCAGGAUCUAGGAGAAAGAGAAAACCAGGUGGUGAAUCUAAAAGAUAUUCCUGUACUCUCUUCUUUCAGUUUCCCUGUUUGAUUUCCAUGGGAAUCUGUGUCUGGGGAAAAUCUGGCAAAUGUCAGGUCGGUGUUUGUUUCGCGUCCUCUUGUUUCCUUGUGCCAUGGAGAGACGUGGAAGGAUGUAGAAAAUAGAGGAAAACAAGUGUGAGAUUUAUGCUGCUUGAGUUCAAAUUAAAUUCUAGAGGAACUUAAUCAUUUCUGACAGGAGCUUUUUAGACAAAAGUAAGGAAAGAGCUCAUUUGAAGGUCAGCAAGCCAGGGUCUAUUACUCAACACACGUGUUUCCAAGUGCUGUUUUUCUCUCUCAGCUGGGUACCAAGUUGAGGUUCUGAGCUGAUGCCAUUCUGCUAAUGGCUACAUUGUGUCAUUUGUUUUCCUUACAGAGAGCCUCAGAGAAGACCUCAAAGUCUGAGGGGAAGCGACCUUUCAUGGAAUACCUCCUGCUAUGUGUUUUUGUCUUGCUAACCUCCACUAACUGAAACGCUGGCCCUGGGUCUGCAGAAAGCCAUCGGAUCACCCAACUCCUCAUCAUGCAUCAACUGUUCAGACUGGUUUUGGGGCAAAAAGAUCUUUCACGAGCCGGGGAUCUCUUCUCCUUGGAUGACUCCGAGAUUGAGGACAGCCUGACAGAAGCUUUGGAGCAAAUUAAAAUAAUUAGCUCAUCUUCAGAUUACCAAACCAACAACAAUGACCAGGCAGUGGUUGAAAUCUGUAUCACGCGAAUCACAACAGCCAUCAGAGAGACCAAGUCAAUUGAAAAGCAUGCAAAGGCCCUUGUGGCGCUGUGGGACUCCUGCUUGGAACACAAUCUGAGACCCUCUAGGAAAGAUGAAGACACUCCCCAUGCAAAAAUCGCAUCUGAUAUCACGAGUUGCAUUUUACAGAAUUACAACCAGCCCCCUGUGAUGGCAUUGGCCAUCCCCAUUGCAGUGAAAUUCCUCCACAGAGGCAACAAGGAACUGUGCAGAAACAUGUCUAACUACCUGUCCCUGGCUGCAAUUACCAAGGCGGAUCUCCUGGCUGAUCACACGGAGGCCAUAGUGAAGAGCAUACUCCAAGGGAACUCGAUGUUGCUGCGAGUGCUACCUGCGGUGUAUGAAAAGCAGCCUCAGACCAUUAACACACACCUGACGGAGCUCCUAGCCCUGAUGUCUCGGCUGGAACAGCCGGAGCAGUACCACCUUCUGCAGCUUUUGCAUGUAGCAGCAAAAAGAAAACCACCAGAGAUGGUUCAGAAGUGUAUUCCUUUCCUAAUUGGGCAUUUGAAGGAUUCAACCCAUACUGACGUCAUCCUAAACAUCCUCGUAGAGAUAGCAGCCUACGAACCUAUAGCUUUGAACAGUUUCCUUCCAAUGCUGAAAGAGAUUGGUGAGCGGUUCCCCUACCUCAUCGGACAAAUGGCGAGGAUCUAUGGAGCUGUUGGACAUGUCGAUGAAGAAAGAGCCAGGAGCUGCCUGAUGUACCUGGUGAGCCAGCUGGCCAACAUGGAGCACUCAUUUCACCAUGUUCUCCUGCUGGAGAUUAAAAGCAUCACGGAUGCCUUCUCUUCCAUCCUGGGCCCUCAGAGCAGAGACACCUUCCGUAUGAGCAACAGCUUCACGACCAUCGCCAAGCUCCUCACCCAACAGCUGGACAACGCCAAGGCCAGAGGUGGCAGGAGAAAAACCAGUGCUGAAAUGGAAUCUCCCAAGACGCUGGAAGAAACCAAGCUUGCUGUAGAUCAAAACGAGGACCAUGAGAAACUCCAAGUGAAAAUACAGGCAUUUGAAGACAAAGUCAGUGCUGAGAGCAGUACCCCUGGCUCUAUCAGAAGAUACAGUUUGGGCCAAGUUUCUAAGGAAGAAAGAAAAGACGUUAGAUUUAACAGGUCAAAAAGUUUGGCUUUGCACACGGUGCUAAUGAACGGUGUGAGUUCAAAUGACGGGGAAGAUGUGGAGAACGGAGAUAGACCAGCCGGCAUCUCUCUUUCAGAAAUAGACCCACUUAGCCAAGAAAAUGACAAGUCGCCCUGUAAGGCAGACACUGAGAGAUCACAGCUGGGAAAUUUUUCAGCUUUGCACCCAAGUAUUAUACAUAUAGAAUCAGAGAAUUUGCCAGAAACAGUUAAGGAAAGCUUUCAGGAGGGAACUGCAGGGACAGCCGCAAGUCCUAUAGGAUACCAAGAUAAGCUGUACUUGCACUUAAAGGAAAACCUCAGUCAGGUGAAAGCCUACGCCGUGGAAAUCGGGAAGAAGAUUCCAGUCCCUGAUCAGUGUACCAUCGAAGGUACUGUUAGAAGUUGUGUAGCCAAGUUGUUCUUCACCUGUUCCCUGAAGGGCCACUACUGCCUAUACAGUAAAUCCAGGUUUGUUCUCAUCAGCCAAGAACCUCAGCCGUGGAUCCAGAUCAUGUUUCUCUCUCAGCAGAGCCUGUUUCCAGAGCCCCUGUCCACGCAGAGUCAUUCUGUGCGAUUCCUCAGAGCUCUGUGGGAGAAGACCCAAGCAGAGGGUGCCCGCAGCUUUGAAACGGCGAUGAUAGAGUCCGUGUUUCCACAUCAGAAGGAUCUGGACCAGGUACAGCUCCAUCUGGAGGAAGUCAGAUUCUUUGACGUGUUUGGCUUCAGCGAAGAGGCAGGAGCAUGGCAGUGCUUCAUGUGCAACAACCCCGAAAAAGCAACCGUCGUUAAUCAAGAUGGCCAGCCUCUCAUGGAAGGAAAACUUAAAGAGAAGCAAGUCAGAUGGAAGUUGAUCAAAAGGUGGAAAACCCGCUAUUUUACCCUGGCCGGAAGUCAACUUCUGUUUCAAAAAGGGAAAUCUAAAGAUGAUCCUGAUGACUGCCCGAUAGAACUCAGCAAGGUGCAGAGCGUGAAAGUUGUGGCCAAGAAGCGCAGAGACCGCUCUCUCCCUCGGGCCUUCGAAAUCUUCACAGACAAUAAAACCUAUGUUUUCAAGGCCAAGGAUGAGAAGAAUGCAGAAGAGUGGCUCCAGUGCAUCAAUGUGGCAGUUGCCCAAGCAAAAGAGAGAGAAAGUAGAGAAGUAACCACAUACCUGUAGAAUUUGCAAGUCCAGCUAACACCGAUUAUACACAAUGGGAUUGGAUUAUUUUUCCAAAUGUCAAUAAACUCACCAAACUAUUUUUCCCCCUACAUGCCAGUGGAGCAGUUGUCCUUGAGAAGCAGAACUCGUAGUAAACUUCAAACCUUAACAGCUUUUUUUCAUUAACUCCAGAGCAUGUAUCUCUCUGAUGCAUAUAAGAAAAAGGGCUACAGAGCACACCCUGUUCUGGUGUGGAACCAGGAGGGGAAAAGUCAUCGAAAUGGGAACUUCUGUAUUUAUGUUGAUAUAAAAUUGUAGGAAAACUACUUUAA